UGACUGUCAGCAGGCAGGCAGUGAGCAGAACACAUGGUCAGGGCAAGAGCAGUCAGCAGCCCAAACACACGGACAAUUGAACAAGGACGAGCAAUUUUGUCAAGAUAAAACUCUUCUCCAGUCCAGAACUGCAGCCCUUUCUGAAGAAAGCCACAGGGGUCAAGAGCUGUAUGACCCAUUUCAGGUUGAUGAGGAAGAUGAGAACAAGUUGAUGGAGGAAACCACAAAAAGACAGCCGGCUUUCGACACCUCUAAUAUCAGCAUUUACAGAUCCCCUGCAGCUGAGACUAAAGAAGACGAAGAAGAGCUGAUGAUGAAAGUAAGAGAGCUGGAGAGACUCAAUGCAUUGAUUGCUGAAGGAAAGGCUAUGCUAGCCAUGAAGACACCGGGCACACCCCCUGAUUGUGAGUGCCCAACUCAAGCUGAUAAGACCCCAGAGAUUUUAAUCAAAUGCCCACCCCACGGCUUCCUCCCUGUCCUCCAACAAACACCUUCCACUAUGGACAAUCAUAGAACUACAGCCCUAUCUGAAAAAAGCUGUGGGGCUGAGCCGUAUGAUCCCUUUGAGGUUGAUGCGGAAGAUGAGAACCCGAUGAUGGAAGGAAGCAUCAAGGGGCUACAUCAUGAAUCGCAGCAGCAGGAAGUAACAGCUGAGGAGGUUGGGAUUGGCACUGGACCUUAUGGUGGCAUUGAUAUGGUGUCACCCAUAGAGGGUCAACUCCUCAGCAAGGUCAAGGGGGCUGGGAUUGGUGGCAUGGAUAUAGUCUCUCACAGGAAGGACCGGCCCUUCAGCGAGCCUGAGGUAGAGGAUGAGGAGACUUAUCUGUACAGAGAAAAGCCUGGUGACUGCCAUCCUACCUGUAGCAAGCGCCUCAAGAGUUCAGACCAAUGUGAGAAAACAGAACGAACACAUAGCACGGACAAGAGUGAAGUACCUAAACUAACCUUUGGUGAACUUGAGACCAUUUUCCUCUCCAUGGGGUUUCAUUUUCCCCAGAGCUCCACAGUUAACCAGCUGGGAAGUAAGGUAGAUGAUGCAAUAAAGCCUCAUGGCACAACGCCAUCAUUAUUUUCAUCUCAUGUAGACACCCAUGGCAGCCAAGUGUAUAACCUUUUCCAAGUGAGUGAAGAAGAGCAUGGAAAUGAGGCCAUGGAAGCAUCCCAAAGAGAACAUGGGAAUCAGCCGGUCAAAGCUGGGGUAGAAGAGCAAUGGAAGCAGGCUAUGGAAGCAAUCCCACAACAACCAGAGAUGGGCGGCCAUGGGAAGCAGCUUGUGGAAGCUUUCAUAGAAGAGCAUGGGAAUCCACUCAUGGAAACGGCCAUAGGACAGCAUGGAAAUAGGCCUUUGGAAGAGGGAACAUUAGUGCAGCCUCAAGAAGGACUUCUUGGGGAGGACGGAAAUGCUUUAAGUGGCUAUGACCUAGAGUCUUCUAAGCAGGAAGGGGAGGACUUCUUCAGUAGAGCCAAGAUGGAUAAGGAGCACAACAGGUCAAAUGACCAUGAAACAGGAGGCCAAACAAAAUGUAUGGACAAUCAUCAUCAGGCAAAUAAAGCCAUUCCCAAAGCUGUCAGUCUUCAGCAUUCACAAGGGCCUGUUACCAAUAGUGUGGAAACGAUAUGGAUUUGUGGCGAUGGACUUGUGGAUCUGGCAUCCCGCUUGGCAAAUUCACCAACAUAUGGCAUGAAACUGGGACAUACUAUUGCCGGCGUCCGCUUGUACUGGAAGGGUGAGUUGUCCAUGAAAUGGGCAGGGCUUGUACCCCUAUUGCACCUGCUUGCUUGUGAUUGGCCAAUUCCAGACAUGCUAAUCAUCCACCUGGGUGACGAUGACAUCAUCAUGAGGGACACAGAGGAGCUUCAAUGUGCCAUGGAGAGAGACCUGACCUUUAUACACGACCUCUUCCCCCACUGCCUCAUUGUCUGGUCAGACCUGUUGCCGAACAAAAUUUCCAAACAAGGUUCUUCAGCUCUGGUGGUCCAGGACGGGAUUCAUGACGUGGUAAAUCGCAGAAUGCAUGCUGUGGUUGCAGCACUGGGUGGAAUGGCCCUAACUCAUGAACUCCUCAUCCCAGAGCUCUACCGCCAUCAUGGGGCCCGAUUCUCACGGCUCGUUGUGGAAAAGCUUUUCUUGAACAUCAAACAAUUUGUGAGUCAGUGGAGCUUGGAAGUGGAACGCGCUUCAGAGAUGUGUUCCCCAGAGUGCCACCCUCCGCCCUGUGCUUCUUCAUUCACCUGUUCCAUCCUUGAUGACUCCAUUCAUCCUAAGUCUACCAACAGUCACUCCAAGCACAAGGAAAGACCUCCCUCACAUCCCCCCUCAUUGCCAAAGAAGCAAGAGCAGGUUGGUGAGGGACAGGUAAAGCCCAAGGAGGUGAGACUGUCUACGGAGACGGCGAAGAGGUCUACAGGGGUGAUGGAGGCAAAGCAGUGUAUGGAACAGAGGACUCGAUCCCCUGAGCUGGUGAAGCCCUGCCCUGUUCCUGACGAGUCGUCUGCUUCCACUCAUCUUAAAUCUCCCAACAGUCACCCCAAGCCUAAAGAAAAAUAUUUAUCUACCUUGGUGCUUAAGAAGCAGCAGGUCACUGAGGCCAAGGUCAUGGACCAGGACACGGAGGAGGUAAAGUGUACUACAGACAACGCCAAACAGCCUACAGAGGACACAAUGGUGGCCAGCCAGUCCUCAGAGAUGCUGAAUCAACCAAUGGGGUCAAAUUGGUUAAAAGGGAUGGUGAAUCAGCCAAUGGUGGCAUAUUGGUUUAAAGGGAUGGUGAAUCAACCAAUGGUGGCAAGCCAGUCCACAGAGAUGGUGAAUCAGCCAAUGGUGGCAUAUUGGUCAAAAGGGAUGGUGAAUCAACCAAUGGUGGCAAGCCAGUCCACAGAGGUGGUGAAUCGGCCAAUGGUGACAAGCCAGUCCACAGAGGUGGUGAAUCAGCCAAUGGUGACAAAGCGGUCCACAGACGUGGUGAAACAGCCAAUGGUGGCAAAGCGGCCUGCAGAGGUGGUGAAUCAGCCGAUGGUGGCAGGCCAGUCCACAGAGGUGGUGAAUCAGCCAAUGGUGGCCAGCCAGUCCACGGAGGUGUUGAAUCAGCCAAUGGUGCCCAGCCAGUCCACGGAGGUGGUGAAUCAGCUAAUGGUGGCCAGCCAGUCCACGGAGGUGGUUAAUCAGCCAAUCAGGGCAAAGCGGUCUGCGGAGGUGAUGUGCUCUUCAGAAGAGGCAAAGCGUUCUAGAUUCACCUCCACUAUUCCUGAUGACUUGUCUACUGCCACUUGUCCUAAAGCUACCAACGGUCACCCCAACCCCAAAGGAAAACCUUCUUCUACCUCAUUGCCUACAGAGCAGCAGGUCUCUGAGGCCAAGGUCAUGAAACAGGACACGGAGGAGGUAAAGUGUACUACAGACAACGCCAAACAGCCUACAGAGGACACAAUGGUGGCCAGCCAGUCCACAGAGAUGCUGAAUCAACCAAUGGGGUCAAAGCGGUCUGCAGAGGUGGUGAAUCAGCCAAUGGUGGCAAGCCAGUCCACAGAGGUGGUGAAUCAGCCAAUGGUGGCCAGACAGUCCACAGAUAUGCUGAAUCAGCCAAUGGGGUCAAAGCGGUCUGCAGAGGUGGUGAAUCAGCCAAUGGUGGCAAGCCAGUCCACAGAGGUGGUGAAUCAACCAAUGGUGGCCAGCCAGUCCACAGAGAUGCUGAAUCAGCCAAUGGUGGCCAGCCAGUCCACAGAGAUGGUGAAUCAGCCAAUGGUGGCAAAUUGGUCAAAAGGGAUGGUGAAUCAACCAGUGGUGACCAGUCAGUCCACAGGGAUGGUGAAUCAGCCAAUGGGGUCAAAGCGGUCCACAGACGUGGUGAAUCAGCCAAUGCUGGCAAGCUGGUCCACAGAGGUGGUGAAUCAGCCAAUUGUGGAAAGCCGGUCCACAGAGGUGGUUAAUCAGCCAAUCGGGGCUAAGCAGUCUGCGGAGGUGAUGUCCUCUUCAGAAGAGGCAAAGCCUUCUAGAUUCACCUCCACUAUUCCUGACGACUCAUCUGCUGCCUCUUGUCCUAAAGCUACCAACAGUCACCCCAACCCCAAAGGAAAACCUUCUUCUACCUCAUUGCCUACAGAGCAGCAGGUCACUAAGGCCAAGGUCAUGGACCAGGUCACGGAGGAGGUAAAGUGUACUACAGACAACGCCAAACAGCCUACAGAGGACACAAUGGUGGCCAGCCAGUCCACAGAGAUGCUGAAUCAACCAAUGGUGGCCAGCCAGUCCACAGAGAUGCUGAAUCAACCAAUGGGGUCAAAGCGGUCCACAGACGUAGUGAAUCAGCCAAUGGUGGCAAAGCGGUCUGCAGAGGUGGUGAAUCGGCCAAUGGUGACCAGCCAGUCCACGGAGGUGGUGAAUCGGCCAAUGGUGGCAGGCCUGUCCACAGAGGUGGUGAAUCAGCCAAUGGUGGCCAGCCAGUCCACGGAGGUGUUGAGUCAGCCAAUGGUGGCCAGCCAGUCCACGGAGGUGGUGAAUCACCCACUGGUGGCCAGCCAGUCCACGGAGGUGGUUAAUCGGCCAAUCAGGGCAAAGCGGUCUGCGGAGGUGAUGUGCUCUUCAGAAGAGGCAAAGCGUUCUAGAUUCACCUCCACUAUUCCUGAUGACUCGUCUACUGCCACUUGUCCUAAAGCUACUAACGGUCACCCCAACCCCAAAGGAAAACCUUGUUCUACCUCAUUGCCUACAGAGCAGCAGGUCACUGAGGCCAAGGUCAUGGACCAGGACACGGAGGAGGUAAAGUGCACUACAGACAACGCCAAACAGCCUACAGAGGACACAAUGGUGGCCAGCCAGUCCACAGAGAUGCUGAAACAGCCAAUGGGGUCAAAGCGGUCCACAGACGUGGUGAAUCAGCCAAUGCUGGCAAGCCGGUCCACCGAGGUGGUGAAUCAGCCAAUUGUGGAAAACCGGUCCACAGAGGUGGUUAAUCAGCCAAUCGGGGCAAAGCGGUCUGUGGAGGUGAUGUGCUCUUCAGAAGGGGCAAAGCCUUCUAGAUUCACCUCCACUAUUCCUGAUGACUCAUCGGCUGGCAUUUCUCCUAAAGCUACCAACAGUCACCCCAACCCCAAAGGAAAACCUUGUUCUACCUCAUUGCCUACAGAGCAGCAACAGGUCGGAGAGGAAAAGUAUAGGGAGGCAAAACGUUCUACAGAGGAGAGAAAAUUACCUACAGAGGAGGCAAAACGGUCUAUGGAGAUGGAAAAACAGUUCACAGAGGUGUCAAGGCAGUCUACAGAGGAACCGAAACAGUCUCCGGAUGACGCAAGAUGGUCCAGAGAGGAGGCGAGAGGGGCUGCUUCGGCGGGGGCGCGUGCAGUAUUGGCGGAAAAGCGGGAGGCUCUGGAGGCACAGAAGACGGCAUUGGAGGCCAAGCUGGCUAAAUUUGCAGUUAGCCCAACACUGCGUCACACCACAGAACAACAACUUAAAGACCUGAAGAUUAAACUGAAGAUUCGAAAAACUAUAGCCAAAAGGGUCUGGAUUAUUGGGGACUCUGGAGUGUUGAUAUCCAUCCAAAAGCAUAUGUUUAUGCGCCCGGUUGAAAAUGGCCUUGUUUGGAAACCUUACUGGAUACCGUUAAAGGGUGUGACCUUAUCCAAGGUCAUUCAGCAUCUGCUGGAUGUCUGUUUCUCCUGGCCCAAUCCGGACAUGCUGAUCAUCCAUCUUGGAUCAUCCUGUGACAUCCCACAUGGGAACCUGGAGGAGAUGGUGUUGACCAUCCAGGAGCACCUGCUCAUGAUCCGACGGAUCUUCCCCCAAUGCGCCCUGGUGUGGUCGGACAUCCUGUCAAGGACGCACAGGAAAACACAAGGACAUGAGGAUGCCCACAGCACUGACCUGGCCAGUAACCGACAUGAGGUCAAUCUGAGAAUGCGCGAUAUAGUCAAGCAACUUGGAGGAGCAGCGAUCGCACAUGGAAACAUUCAGCCAGAGCACUUUGUCUCAGAAAGCCGCAUGCUCUCUGACGAGGGUGUGCAGUUGUUUAAGCAGAACAUCUUAGCCCUUGUUGAUCCAUGGAAGUGGGACCACAACUAUACCCAGAGUCUUUCAGAACAUCUUCCUGAACCCACGAGACCUGCAAACCACAAGGAAACGCUGGGACCAUCAACUGAUAGAACCGAUCAUCCCAUCACAGGCUGUGGUAUCCAGAAGGCUGCGCGAGUGGUGUGGAUUUGUGGGAACAAUUUCUGUGGAUUUGCCAGAGAUUCGGCAAAACAGCAAAGUAUUCCACUGCGAAGCGGCACUGGCUCGCUGGAGGUGGUUUGGAAAGUAGUCAGUAAAGGGAGGUUUCCCUUGAAGAACCUGGUGAGAUCAGAGGACAAGGUCAUUCGCCAACCAGACAUGGUCAUCAUCUACCUGGACGGUGGUGAUGUGAGAGGAAACUGGGAAUCAGUUGUGCCCAACCUCAAGAGGGAAAUGGAGUUACUGCACACUGUCUUCCCAGAGUGCCUCCUUGUGUGGUCUGAUAUCUUCAAGGGAAUUAAUUUGAGCACCACAGAUCCUGGUCUGGACAUCAUUAACGCCAUAAUGCACACUGCAGUUACUGAACUGGGUGGAAGAGUUGUUACUCACAACAACAUCGGGCCAGACAUUUUUCAAGGCAACAAUAGUAAACAGGUUAUUUCCAGAGUGACCCAAAGAGCCAACCUCAACAUCCAGGAGUUUGUGUUGAAGUGGGAGACAGAGAUCAGUGGCUUAGCACAGAACACAAAGCCCUCACCACAAUGAACCCUCCCAAACCCUCCCCAUUACAUUCAGUAAUGUAUGUACAUGUAGUAAUGUAUGUACCCUCCAAUACACAGUCCAGUCCACUGCUUUCAGAGCUCAAACACUCUCCACUGCACUCCGCCCACACCCAUCCCUCUAUACACUACUUCAGUCUUAAACUCUUUGAUAUCAACAUGGUGAGCACAAUCAAAAAGGUCUCUGGUUGAUUGUUUAAACAGUUUUUAAAAAAAUAUCUGUUUGAUGAACUGGUAAGACAUCAAUAAUGUGUACAUACAUCAUCAAGGCCACAGAAAGAGGAAGAAUUUUGUCUGUCCAUGGUUUCUCAAGCAAGGUACUCAGGUCUGCCCUUCACACCUGACCGAACACAAGUUCAAACCAUACAUUUAAAUAGGUCACUGCACACAGACCACUUGACACCUCUUCAAAAAAAGAAAAGAAAAAAAAGACUUGUUUCCAAGUUGAUGUUGGUGUGAAUGGACUAAGUUUUCCGCACAGAAACUGGACAAAAAAUUAUUUCCGCACUUUCCCCGCAGAGAACUCUGAUGUGAAACACCACUAAGUCUUUAAUAAGGUCACAUUAAAUAAUGCAUUAUGCUAAAUGUAAUGUAAGGGUGUGAUAUGACUUAUUUGUUUUACUUUUGCUGAAGUAAAUUAAUUACAUGUUU